AUGUCUUCACCGGCAUGGUCGUUUUUCGCUGUGGCUGAAGAUGACAACACCGUCGCUAUCUGCAAAACAUGUUCAGCGAGGAUUGCGAGAGGAGGAAGAAAGCCAUCAAGUUUUAACACGACGAAUCUUAUAGCUCACCUUAAAAGUCGCCAUCGCGGCGAAAAGGUACUGAACGAAUAUGAGGCAGCAGCUGCAGCCGCAGCCGCUAACAGUGUUAAAAGAAAAACAAGAACGACACAGAAGUUUGAUGUCCCCAUUCAGCAGUUGUUCGAAAAAUGUAAGAGCUUUUCAAGAGAUAGCGAGAAGUCUAAAGCCAUUAACGACAAAGUAAUGGAGUUUAUAGCACUCGGCGACCAGCCUUUCUCUGUUGUCGAAGACCCAUCUUUUCGUAAGCUAAUAGCACAUUUGGAGCCACGUUACACUCUCCCAAGCCACCGCUUCUUCUCGGACGUGUCCCUCCCUGCACUUUAUGAUAUUGUUGCAACACAUAUCCACAGCCUGAUCGACAAGGGCGGACUACACGUAAGUUUUACCACAGACAUAUGGACGUCAGAUGUUAGUCCGGUCAGCAUGCUAAGCCUGACGGCUCAGUGGCUGGAUCAAGACUUUAACUUGCAAAAAGCAACUCUGCAUGCCCAGGAGUGCCCUGGGUCACAUACAGCAAUAAUGAUAUGCCAAGCUUUUGACACAAUGCUCACGCACUGGAGUAUAACAAAAGACCAAGUGCAUGUUGUGCUCAGGGACAAUGCACGUAACAUGAUCAAAGCUAUGGAGGAGUGUGGGCUUGCAAGCUUGGGUUGUAUGGCACACACUUUACAGCUUGCUGUAAAUGAGGCUGUACUGAGCCAAAGAAGCAUCACAGAUUGUGUCUCGAUUGGCAGGAAGAUAAUAGGACAUUUUAAACACUCCCAGCUCGCCACCUCCCGUCUUCAAAACUUGCAGAAACAACUAGGUAUGAAAGAGGCAAGGCUUCAACAAGACGUGCCCACUCGUUGGAAUUCCACGUUCUAUAUGAUGACAAGUUUGUUGCAGCAGAAGCGAGUACUUGCAGCAUAUGCUGUAGAUUUUGACUUGCCUGCAUUUCUGACCCCAAAUCAAUGGACUUUAAUUGAAAACAUGCUCACUAUUCUUGACCCCUGUGAACAGCUGACAAAAAACAUAAGCUCAGCUACAGCCACUGCAGCUGAUGUCAUCCCCUCCAUUGAAGCCUUAAGGCGUCUGUUAAAUAGGACUGUUGCAACAGAUCAUGGAAUUAAAACGUCAAAGAGCACACUACUGGAAGCUAUAGAGCAGCGUUUCAGUCACAUCUACACAGAGUCCCUGUUUUUUCUCGCCACAGUCUUGGACCCAAGGUAUAAGGACUGCUAUUUUGACCAAGCAACAAAAAGGGAAGCAAUAGAAGCAUUGAAUGAUAAAAUGAGAUGUGCAGCACCAGCAAAAGAUGUAGAAGAGCCAAAGGAGAAGAAAACCAAGACAACAACAGAUGACAACAACAAUGUUUCCCUGCUGACAAUGUAUGAAGAAAUCCUUCAAGAAAACAACACAAAAGAGCUGAACCAAAGCAAAACAGAUCAGCAGAUAAAAGCCUAUCUCUCAGAGCCCACAAUUCCUCGAUCGGAGAGCCCCAUGGACUACUGGAGAAGCAACAAAGCCCGGUUCCCAGAACUUGCCUCACUCGCACGGAAGUACCUGUCAGCGCCUUGCACAAGCAUAGACAGUGAACGUUUAUUUUCUGCCGCUGCAAAUGUUAUCGAUGAAAAACGAAACCGACUUGGAUGUGACAAAGCAGAGAUGCUUCUGUUUGUCAAGAAAAAUCUCCCACUGAUGCCCUCACCUAGAAAAUAG